AUGUCCAUUUAUACACCCUCGCGCCAGCCGACAAAUGCUUUGAAUGGUGUUGGCAAUAUGAAUGAUGGUUCGGGUACCAUUAAUCCUGCAGCUUUGAACGCUAGUGGAGCUGUAAGACAGCCAUCAAGUGAAGGCGGGCCUCGGGGCAUUAAACGCAGUCGAUCCCCCGAACAAUAUGCCGACUAUCAACAAGCCGACGAUGAUGGCCCGCGCAAGCGUGGAAGGCCAUCAAAAACCCCUCGCGCCUCGGCAGACUUUACGUCUAACGUCGACUCCUUACCAACACCAUCAAGUCAAACCUCACCAGGUCUAACACAAACACCUAAAAACCAGACUGCGCUUCAACAGCCUGUCGUCACACCUGUUCAAAGUUCGCCACCUCGAACAAUCCCCAAAUCCACUAUAAAAGCCCUGCCUACCGUUCGAGAUCAUACCAGUGAUACCUUGGGCGCAGAAGGAGACGAGUAUGUCCCGCGCGAAUAUGACGAGGCUGGUGAGAAAAAAGUUGAUCAACUGGGAUACCUCCAGGGUGGUCGGGACUACAAAAUCCGAACAUUCACGCUGCCAGGAAGAGGUGAGAAGUUGUUCAUGCUAGCCACUGAAUGCGCGCGCCAACUCCAGUAUCGCGAUUCCUACUUGCUAUUCAACAAGAAUCGGUCUCUGUUCAAGAUCAUUGCAAGUGUCAAGGAGAAGGAAGAGCUGGUUGCUCAUGAAAUCCUACCCUAUUCAUACCGAUCGCGACAGAUAGCUGUUGUCACAGCUCGAUCCAUGUUUCGUCAAUUUGGUAGUCGAGUCAUCAAGGACGGCAGGCGAGUUCGCGACGACUACUGGGAAGCAAAGGCGAUCAAGCAAGGCUUUACAGAACAGGACGCCGCCGGCGAGAAACGACCUGGCGCUGCACGAGCCCGCGAAGCAGCGGCACAAGAUCAGCUGAGCUCAAGAGCGACAGUAGCUGCCGCAUAUGGUGAUAUUGUCUAUAGCAAUGGUCCGGGCUAUGGAGCAGUACAACCACCUGCUCUGCAAUCGGGUAUUGCUUCAACAAUGGCUCAGCUGACUCCGUUCGAUCCCGCUUACGAUUCGAGAUACAAAGAUAUAGUUCGCCCAAGGCAGGACAUCACCGGUCCGCCUUACCAGGAUCUCACGCGUUCAAGCUCUGACGCAGAAUUGGCAACUCAGGCGGGACAUGCCGCGGACUUCAGCAGAAGUAUCAACCAACAGAACCGAUACCGCCGCUCUCUUGUGGAUGAGUAUUGGCGAAGACCACAUGAGCAGCCUGUUUCGACCCCUCCACAGGCAGAAGCAGAAGUUGCAACAACCAGUCAUGCCUUUUCGUCGCCACGUUUCAACACGGCAGAUCUUCCAGGCACACAGGGUGCGCUUCUUGCACAACAAUCCCAACCUUCCCAAUCGGCUAUGAACCCUCCCUCAUUUCCUCACGCACAACCCCCCAUCCAAUCGCCUGUUCGUCAGCCAAGCUUGCAGCAGAACUUUCCCCGCGAGUCUUCGCAAUUUACACCCCAACACGCCCAGUUCCAGAGGUCAGCCUCUAAUCUCUCAAUAUCACAAUCCGCAUCACAGCAGCCACAACUCCCUUACGGUGGCGCCGGCAGCUAUUCACCUCAUGCACUCAAUCAGCAGCAGCAGCAGCCCCAACAACAGAGUUGGGGCGCUCCACCGCCACAGCCCCAUCAAUCGCCUGCCCUUCAUCGUAUGAGUACACCACAGUUCUCCCCGAAUCUGGCACAUGGCCAGAUCCCAUCACCGUUACCAGGCGGAUCCCAUGCAAGUCCUUCCCCUCAUCCUCAACAGAUGCAACCCCCACAGAUGCCAAUGCUUCAUCACCAAGGUAGCUCGGGCAGUAUGGGUGCGCAACAGCUUUACGGACCCGGAGCUGGUUUGCAGGCGAUGAACGCUGCUGCCUAUGGUAACAUGGCAAUGGGGCAGCGCGGCAUGUAUGCCAUGGGUGCGCAGAAUCAAUUUAUGCAGCCCAAUCCUCAACAUGGACAGGGCUGGCCCGGCCCUCAGAAUCCGAAUCAAGCAGCUGGACAGUGGAAUCAGCAAUUUCAAUGA